AUGGCUCCCAAGGUAUUCAUCACUGGCGUUACCGGCUACAUCGGCGGUGACGGUCUGUUCGCCAUUGCGAGUGCACACCCCGAUUGGCAACUCUCGGCUCUGGUUCGCACCCAGGAAAAGGCCAGCGAGGUCACUAGCAAAUACCCGCAGAUUCGCACUGUGAUUGGUGACCUGGAUUCGUCUGAAUUGAUUGAAGAGGAAGUCAAGAAUGCCGACAUUUUAUACCACUUCGCCGAUUGUGACCAUGUCGCCGCAGCUCAGGCCAUUGCCAAAGGCGCUCAGUAUCACACCUCCGAACGCCCAUUGUGGCUAAUCCACACCUCCGGCACUGGUAUCUUGACAGUCGAAGACCAACGCGCAGGCACAUGUGGUAUCGAGCGUCCUAAGCAGUACAAUGACUGGGAGGGUGUGAGCGAGCUAGUCAACCUCCCCUCGGACGCCUUCCACCGCAACGUGGACGAGAUCAUUCUCGGCAUCGGCCUGCAACACCCCGCUAGUGUGAAGGUGGCAGUCGUCUGCCCUCCGACUAUCUACGGUCCCGGCCGUGGACCUGGCAACACCAAGAGCAAGCAAGCAUACGCACUUAGCGCCGCUGUACUCAAGCGUAAGAAGGGUCUCCUUGUUGGUAAGGGUGAGAAUGUCUGGCAUCAGGUCCACGUUCAGGACCUGAGCGAUGUUUACCAGGCUUUGGGGGAGGCUGCCUCGGAGGGUGGUGGUAAGGCUACUUGGAAUGAGGAGGGUUACUACCUCACUGAGAAUGGAUCUUUUGUCUGGGGUGAUAUCCAGAGAGCGGUUGCGCAGGCUGCCUUUGACAAGAAGCUUAUUCCAAGUCCUGAUGUUGAAUCUUUGGACGGAGAUCAGACAACUGAGGUGUUCUUUGCUGGCAAAUAUGCUUGGGGAUCUAACUCCCGUGGUAACUCGCUGCGUGCCCGCAAGUUGUUUGGUUGGAACCCUCAGAAGCCUAAGUUGAUUGAGCUCAUUCCUGAGAUCGUCGAGGUUGAGGCUAAGGAUCUUGGGCUGCUGUGA